CAACAGCAGUAUACGACGGGAAGAGCCAGUAAAUGAUCGUCGUCAGCGGGGGGUUUAACACAAAAAACAGCUCAAGUGUUUGUUCUGUACCUUGAAACACACCCCCUUCGCAUUUAUCCAGUUGUUAACAAUUAGCAUUAUUAGGUUGUCUUGGCCAGUAUUAGAGGGGAUAAUAUAAAAAGCGAGGAUGUUGGUCCCCGCUGGAAGAUAAUGAAGAAGCUGCGCGUGUUUUUGCCGUGCGUCGUUUUAGCUCUCCUGUGCUGGCACUCUGGUCAUCAUGUAUAUUGUUCAGAAGAGAUCUCCGCUGGCCCAGGACUCCCUGCACAGGAUGACAGCCAUUACACAAUGCAGGGAACGGGAGCUGACGAAGAGGUUAAAGAGGAAAGUACGACACACAUUCAGUCAUCAUACGACGUGGGGCUGGAGGCGGAGAAGGCUGAAUUAGAGGAGGCCUUAUCACUCUCGCAACAUGCCCCACAAGAGGAAGAGCACAAACAGACUGUGAAUCUAGAGGAGGAGGUGGUGGAGGAGGCACAGGUUCAGCUUGAAUCUGACCUCCCUGAUCAAGAUCAAGAACAACAGCAGGAGCAGCAGCAAGAGGAGGUGGAGCAAUCAGAACCCAAAAACCUCCAACAAAAUGAAAAACCACAAACACCCACACUUGCACAGCCCCAAACAACACCUCCUUCUUCGCCCCAGUCCCAACCAGACCCUGAAGCUUCACAGGGCACUACCACAGAGGAGCAACCUCCCCCUCCCCAGGCUGACCCACAGGUGGAAGAGUCCUCCGCACCUGCUUCUGAGCUCCAGAAUAGUCCAGAAUCAACCUCACCUACCUCAGAGACCUCCCCUGAGAGCUCCUCCAGUGGACUAGACGUUUCGCAUGCUGAUGCCCCUGUAGAGAACUCUAGUGCCAGUCAGUGUGAGGUGGGCUCUGUGCCCCCCUUCAGCCAGCCCAUUGGUACCAAUCUCAUAAGCGGUGAUGUGGAGGAACAUGCAGAAAAUCAGUCCAAUACACCGGCACAGGACAUCAACACCAUUACUGACCUGACUGACCCUCUAAACCAAAAGGAGCAGGAGCUCCCAGAGCCGGAUCAGGCAACAACAACCCCUCCACCCAAAGUGAACCUGCAGGACAAUGAGGGAGCUGGAGAAAAUUCUGGAUCGAACAUCCCCACGUUCGAUGAAUGGAAGAAGAAACAGAUGGAAGUAGAGGAGAAGAAAAGUCAAUCUCUGCAUACUUCUUCGAAUGGCAGUCCUCACCCAGUCAAAAAGGUCCAGAAAAAUUUCAAGAAUAACUACGCGUCUGUUGAAUGCGGGGCCAAAAUCCUCUCGGCUAACAAUGAGGCCAAGAGCACAUCUGCAAUCCUGAUGGAGAAUAUGGAUCUGUACAUGCUGAAUCCAUGCAGUACUAAGAUCUGGUUUGUUAUUGAGCUCUGUGAGCCAAUCCAGGUGAAGCAGCUGGACAUCGCAAACUUUGAGUUGUUUUCUUCUACCCCAAAAGAUUUCCUGGUGUCCAUAAGCGACAGGUAUCCGACCAGUAAGUGGGUCAAGCUGGGCACAUUUCAUGCCCGCGAUGAACGCACAGUACAGAGCUUUCCUUUGGAUGAGCAACUCUAUGCCAAAUAUGUCAAGAUGUUCAUCAAGUACAUUAAGGUUGAGUUGCUCUCCCAUUUUGGGUCUGAACACUUUUGUCCCCUCAGCCUGAUCAGGGUGUUUGGCACCAGUAUGGUGGAGGAGUAUGAUGAGAUAGCCGACUCACAGUACACCUCGGAGAGAUCAGAGUAUCUGGAUGAAGACUAUGAUUACGCACCCGGCUACUUGCCAUCGGAAGACAAGGCAGCAAAAAAUCUGCUGGGCUCUGCCACUAAAGCCAUCCUGAAUAUGGUAAACAACAUCGCAGCCAACGUGCUUGGAGGGAAAUCGGAGCUUGAAGAUGGAGUUGAAAUCGAAGGAAAUGUGUCCUUUGAGACUGAAAACCUCACAGAGACGUCACCAGAAACUACACUCAUGCCAGAAAUCGCCCCCACUGAACCGCCUGCUAUAUUGGAAACCCCUGAGUUGUCUCCCACUCUGGUGAAAGAAGACUUGGAUUCGGGAGACCAAACAGAAACCUUUGAUUUGGCGCCUCUCCCUGAGGAAGACCGCAUCGUCAUCCUCAUCAAAGAGGAGGAAGAUGAAGAGGUCACCCGCCCAACGGUGACCCUGCUGGAGGAGGAGGAGAGCGAAGAGGAGAGAAGGCGCUUAGAGGUGUGGGAGAGAGAAAGCGCCUUGUACUGCGGUCACCUCUCGACUUUGUCAUGCUUGGCAUCUUUACAAGAAUACUUUUAUUGCUACUGUUCAGCCGCUUUAGCACUACAACGCCAGUUCAGAGAUCUACAGCACAAGGCUCAGCACGCACACCCCGACACAGACAUUCAAAGUUCCUCUCAACAGAUUUUGACUAGCACCACCCCCACUCAAGAACCUCCAUCUUUCUCUGAGAAACUUGCAGAAGGGGAUCAUCCCUCUCAUUCACAAAGCGAAGUCAUAUCCCCUACUGAAACGAUGACCACUCCGCCUCAGCCUUCCAGUGAAGAUACAGUGACCGACCAGAAGCUCCAACAUGAGAUCAUUUUACUGGAACCCAGUCGCACCUCCACCCUUCCACUACAUAGCUUUUCUGACACCCCCACUCAAACCAUCCCUGAGUCCCCAGCUGUGGAAGAGACCGUAGACCAGGGAUCGCAGUACAUGGAAAACAUCGCAGAGACUCGUUCAUCUGUCAGCAUCCUAACUCCUAGUGCCACCUCCUCCAUCCUCACCCCCACCACCACUGAAUCUUCCAGCCCAGAGACAGAUCCACCCAAACUGGAGCUUCCCACCUCUACCAGUGAACCGCCAGCACAGCUACUUCCAACCCACACUCAGCCUGCUGACAUCCCCCCACCUACCGAACUUCCCAUCCUACCUCCAGAGUCCUCAGACAACAGUAGGGCAGAAGGUGUGGAAGACUCGCACCACAGUGCUGUGGUCACCCAACCAGAGGUUUCCGAACCACCUCUGCCUCAGCAGGAGGAGACCGUAGAUGACAUCCUGCUCAGCCAGACCGGACCUCACCGCAACGCCGGAGAGUUUUACGCAGAGCAGCAGCAUUCUUCGGAAAACGGACAUGUUAACGGAAACGGGAAUCAGGUGCACGGAUCCAACCAGAAGGAAUCUGUUUUCAUGAGGUUGAAUAAUAGAAUCAAAGCACUGGAGAUGAACAUGUCUCUCAGCAGCAGAUACCUGGAGGAGCUCAGUCAAAGGUAUCGUAAGCAAAUGGAGGAGAUGCAGCGUGCUUUCAAUAAGACCAUCAUUAAACUGCAGAACACCUCCAGAAUCGCAGAGGAGCAGGACCAGAAACAGACGGAGUCUAUACAGAUGUUACAGAGCCAACUGGAGAAUGCCACCAAGAUCAUGCUGAAUCUGUCUGUCAUUGUUUCUCAGCUACAGAGAGAGGUGUCAGACAGGCAGAGUUAUCUGGUGUUGUCUGUUAUCCUGUGUCUGACGCUGGGUUUACUGCUGUGUAUGCAGUGCUGUAAGAGCUCACCCAAUAACAACCCCAGCCCAACCGUUCCUAUGAGCAACCAUUACCCCAGCCCUAAGAGGUGUUUUUCCUCUUAUGACGAUAUGAGUCUAAAACGAAGAGUCUCUUGCCCUCUUGUUCGGUCGAAAUCAUUUCAGUUACCUACAGCAGAAGUAGGUCCUGAUGACUUGUACAUUGUAGAACCUCUAAGGUUUUCUCCAGAGAAAAAGAAGAAGCGCUGCAAGACAAAAGGACUGGACAAAGUGGAGACGCUCCGGGCAUCCGUCCCCUCGACGACGAUCGGUAACGGCGGACCCAAAUGCAACGGCGAGCCUUCUCUUCAGUUCUUACCAUCAGUAUGCGACAGCUACACAUCCACAAGCUUUUCCAGGGACUUUGCGUCUGAGGUCAGCUCAGAGAGUUCUGUCUCCACACUAUCCGAGGAAUCUUACAACAGCGGCCCCUCGUUGAACGGACACGACCCCGCCCUUUGUAACGGAGAGCAUACGCAAACCCUUCCUCCAGCAAAGAGCAAAAUAGAGAAAAAGUCUCUGAAACGCCGGCGGACUAAGAAUGCCGAGCAGCAGCAGGAGGGCCGGUGCGGGGAGGAGAUACUACACGCGUCACUUCCUGUUGUCAUGCCCACGCUGGAGGAAAUCAUGAAGGGAAAGGCUGAACUGGCAGUGGCCACGUUCGGAAGGACGGCUGUAUCGGGACGAGUUUGAGUUAAAAAAAAAGGAUUGACCUUCGCACGCUUUCAUGCUGCUGCUGCUUUCAUAUUGUUAUUUGUCUCGCUUUCAUUUUAACAUCGGACGUCAGACUUUGUUUGUCAAUAUUCUCCAGUGCAACGGCAGUCCUGGCACCAUCUUUUUUCCCAUGUCACUACAUCCUGAACUUUUGUGCCUUUUUUAUUCAUUUGAAAAUAUUCACCGCCCCGAAGAAUCCGCUGUUAUUCCUCUUAAGAUUUAUUGAAUUUACACUGAUAAACAUGAUUUCAUGUCAGAGGUCGUGCUGUGUCACCAUGGACAGAAAUGACCGAAUGGGGGUUGGCCAGGUACACGUGAACUGUCCGAUGCAGGCAGCCCUAGUCUCCAACCUCUCAUACCUUCUACACUAACAUCUCUUUCCAUUGUCAUCUCACUUUCUUCCCCUUUAAUAAGUGUCUGUCUUGUACAUGUGACUGUGUAACACUACGUCAGUCGUCGUGAUUGGUUCGUGGGACCAGUGAUGUCACAAAGCACAGGGCUUCAAUCCAGUAAAAAGAGCAAAAUGAAGAUCAGAUCCAGUUCUGUGUUUUUUAAUUCUUUUUCUUUUAAAGCCUAAUAAACAUCUGCAUUCGUUUCUGAUGUUCACUGUAGUGUGACCAACAUGUCCAGGCUGGGCCUGAACACACAGACAGCAUGCAUACAUGGAUUAAUAUUUGCAUAUUUUCAACUAUUUUAAGAUUGUGUGUUUAGCCAAGCCGUAACAGAGCAAGGCCAGUUUGUCAUUCCAAAACACAUUCUUACACACUUAAUAUAUGUACACAGAGUUUGUUAAGUGGACAUUUUUAGUGGUUAUUAUUUAUGUAUUUAUUUAUUUAAAUCUGACCUGGGCUCUAUGAGCUCAUGGUCUUAUCACAAACCAUAUAACAACCAUAUUUAGAGAUCUCAAGAUUCAUCCCAAGACACACGAGAGGUACAGACAAAGUGGUACUGUUACACAAACUCAUCUCACUGAUCUUUAUAGUUUGCUUAAACUGUUUUAUUCGUUCUUUGAGAGCUGUAUUCGGAGUCACUUUAUUAUUUAAGUGAAUUGUUCUACUUUUAAUGUGAUCAUAACGAGAUGUCAUCUGAUUGGUUGCUUCUGUUUAGCGCACCUUAUUGGUUAGGUUUGCUGUUAAGAGAAGCUGCAUCUAUGCCGUUCUUCUCUGGAUCUGUUCGGAUGAGCUCUGUAUUUUACUGGAUCGGAGUAAAUCAAUUUAUCUUUGUGCAAAUAUUAUGCAUGUUUCCUGUGUCUUGUGCUACACAAUCUAUCAUGUAUGUAGACCGCUUAUUUAUACAUGUAUGUAUGUAUGUGAUGUCUUGCAUUCUCUAUAUCUAACUUUUCACACUCCAUGUCCCUCUCAACACGUGUUAUUAGUGUAUGUGUGGCCACUUUUUUUUUUAAAGAUGUUUUUAAUGAGACCAUUUGAAACCCAAGUGCAGUUUUUCCUCUCUGAUGGGCCCGUGUUUGUUGUGUUGUCUGGGCGGUAAAUGUUUUUUCAUUUGGAUGAAUCCAAUCAUAGACCUUUUAUCAGACUGUGGGCUUGUGGUGAAUUAAGUGUGUGAAUUGACAUUGUGAUUGAAUUGAAAGGGAAAGAUUGUGGACCACCUACACUUUCAGGGGAGGGAUCCCCCUCUUCAAAUCUUUUUACUACCUUUAUGAUCCUUCAUAUAUUUUGAAUGUUAUUGAUAUGUUUGUGGACCUUGUGUUUAAGUAUGUAUGGAUGUUUUAUUCGUCUGUGUCAUAUUUGGAGAUGAAUUACCCCAGUAGAGACCUCUGCGAAGGCUCACCCUCGCACUUUGGAGAACUAAACAUGUCUUUUGAGUUUUACACCACCUUUUCUCCACAGGAUCCCUGUAGUAUGGCGCACUCUAGUGGUCAAUGUGUGAUUUAUUUAACAUACAUGUUAGGUGCUGCCCAAACUAAUCUGAUAAUCUGUGAGGACGAGUUGCACGGUAUUUUAAUUUCUUUUGUUUGUUUUUUUCCAGGAGAAACUGUAACUACAGCGGUGUAGUGCCAUUAGAAACUGUGAAUUUAUUAAUAAAUAUUUUGUUGUCCUUAA